UAAAACUUGGCGGCUCCUGGACUCUCCAGUUUUACGCACGCCAGGAUGGAAACGCUCCUGUGCGCGCUGCUCCCCGCUGUUCCAGCUGCUCCCGUUGGUGCUCCUCUCCGCAGCGGCAGACCGCAGCUCCCCCGCUAGAGGCGGCUCCCCGGUUCUGGUUCUGGUUGUGGACUGGAAGGAUGCUGCGGCGGGACGCGGCUCCGCUCCCUGACAGGAACCAGCUGGAGGCGGGUUCGGGCUGAGUCCAGAACCAGACGCAGAGCGGCUCCAGUUUCCGUCCGGCUCCGGAGGAUCGCAGAGGAUGUAACUGAAGCUGAGGACUCUUUCCGGUUCCACUCACUCACAAAAUGACGCGCUGUCUCCUCCGACUGGCUCUGCUCGCGGCGUGCGUCCUUCUCUCCGCCCGCGGAGCCGCCGCGCCCGACGCCGAGGCGGUGGCCGGGGCGCACCCCGAGUCCUGCGCGUCCUGCGCCGCCUCCGCCCGGCUGGAGGAGCCGGAGCCCGGCCGCGUGGACGGGGACUUCCUGGAGGCGGUGAAGAGGCACAUCCUGAGCCGGCUGCAGCUGCGGGAGCGGCCCAACAUCACGCACCCGGUGCCGCGGGCUGCCAUGGUGACGGCGCUGCGCAAGCUGCACGCGGGCAAGCUGCGCGAGGACGGCCGGGUGGAGAUCCCGAGUCUGGACGGGCACCCGAUGAGCAACGAGGUGCUGGAGGAGAGCUCCGAGAUCAUCAGCUUCGCAGAGAAAGACGACCUGGUCACCUCCAAGUCCAGCCUGUUCUUCCUGAUCUCCAACGAGGGGAACCAGAACCUCCAUGUGACCCAGGCCACCCUCUGGCUGUACUUCAAGCUGCUGCCGCCGGCCGCCGGCGCCGAGCUGCGCGGGAAGCGGAAGGUGACGGUGAAGGUGUACUACCAGGAGCCGGGCCUGGGCAGCCGGUGGGACCUGGUGGAGAAGCGGGUGGAGCUGAGGCGCAGCGGCUGGCACACCUUCUCGCUGACGGACGCCGUGCGGCUGGUGUUCGAGCGGAGCGGCGACCGGCGGCAGAACCUGGACGUCCGCUGCGAAGGCUGCGAGGCGGAGGGCGUGGCGCCGGCGCUGAUGAACCCGAAGGACGAGGCCCACCGGCCCUUCCUGGUGGUGCGGGCGCGGCAGGCCGACGGGAAACACCGCAUCCGGAAGCGCGGCCUGGAGUGCGACGGCAGCAGCAGCCUGUGCUGCCGCCAGCAGUUCUACAUCGACUUCCGGCUCAUCGGCUGGAACGACUGGAUCAUCGCGCCCUCGGGGUACUUUGGGAACUACUGCGAGGGGAACUGCCCCGCCUACAUGGCGGGCGUCCCCGGCUCGGCCUCGUCCUUCCACACGGCCGUGGUGAACCAGUACCGCAUGAGGGGCAUGAGCCCCGGCUCCAUGAACUCCUGCUGCAUCCCCACCAAGCUCAGCACCAUGUCCAUGCUCUACUUCGACGACGAGUACAACAUCGUGAAGCGGGACGUUCCCAACAUGAUCGUGGACGAAUGCGGCUGCGCCUGACUCUGCUUCCUGUUUAUUUAACGCCACAAUGCGGCAGACUGACGACUUUACCGCAAAAAUAAAUAUAAAGCAAAAUAUUUAUGAACGUCCUCAUCCACACAAAUCCACAAACUCGCAUGUAUGCCUGCACAAAACCUUGUACAUAUAUUUAUGUCUGUUGCUAUAUAUUCUGUCCAAUCUUCCAAAUCUGAUCGACUCGGCAAACAAUCAGCUCCUCAGUAGAAACGUCCAAGACUGUGAGGAUGCCCCCGUUUCUCUCUUUCAGCAGUAUAACCCAGUUAUUGAGCCUUAUUUUUACACGAAAGCACCGAAGGUACGACUGCCAACCGACAGCACUUCUGGCCUUAACUUAUUCCACUAGGAACUGGACGUCUGGCGCCGACCCACAGAAUCAUCCUCCAAAGACCAACAGGAGUCCGACGAUACACCCAACCUAUGCUUCAACCAUUAUUUGCUAAUAUUUGACAAUCCAGAGGCUUGUAAGCAGCUAAAAGUUGCCUGAAGCCUUGAAGUCGUAUCAACAUUGGCGUCAACUGACGUGUUGGCGUUGAUAUGUGACUGAACAGCUCCAGUUCCUUCCUGCUGGCUUUGAGUCAGGUGUUGUUGGAGGAACCGACUCUGUGGAAGUUAAAGACACUCAGAACCUGUAAAAAUCAUCUUUUCUUUGCACUUAGCAACACAGAGCAGACGGCUGAGGCCAAACUUUGCCGUUUCACGCUUCAUCUCCAGCACUUAGAGCCGAGGGAACGCUGAGCCUCGUUAGACGUUGCCAUAUUCAGUUCAAUGCAGCUCUGCACGCCCCAACGUACACGUUUCAAAACUCCUGCAGAUCGAUUUGCCUUUAAUGAUCCCGGAGUGGCGCUUCAUCACCGGCCAGCCCUUGGAAAGUGCCACAUUAGUUAUGCAAGAUGUAGAAGGUACCGAUAGCCCAACAGCUCCAAACGUCCCACUGGAACUCGAAACGCAGGCGCUUCAGGCCGGAGGUCAUCGGGUCGCAGCGGUGGCUGCUAACGGUGCAGCUAACUGGUAGCUUAGCCUUCUGCUAGCUUUGAAAACCCUUAGUGCACUUACCUUCCUCUAAGUUAUUAUUUCUGGAUAAAUUUUAAAUAUAUAAUUUAAUAUUUGAUCAUUCUUCAAGGAUUGAGACGUUUAUAUUGAUGCUCUGAUUUACCGUUUACCCAGAAAUCAACAUUUCCUGUCCUCACUUUCUCUUUCUUCCAAUAACUGAAUUCAAAACUAGAUUAAACAUUUAUAUCUAGAGCAGAAAUUCAACAUGUUGAUUAAAUUAACUUGGUGCUGAAAGGUUGUCGUCCUUUAAAGGCAGAUAUAACGGACGUUAGCACAUCAGUGUUAGCUUCAGGUCAACACCAUGUUGCUGUAGCGCUUUAGCAUUAGCUUAACUACUGUUUAUGGUUAGUGCCGCUAACUUUCUAGCUAGCAGACACGAAUCAAACCUUUAACCAGCAGAUUAAUUUAUCUGCGACGUACAAAUGAGUUUAUGCUUAUAAAGUUUCACCAGUUUAUUCAAACUCUGCUAAACUGGAAGCUAACCAGUUCAGGAAGAGAAUAAAAGACGUAAAACAUGUGAAAAAGUUAUUUUCUGACAUUAAACGUUGUGAUUCAGUCACUGGAGAAGUCUUAAAAUAACAUUUUGCUGUCGUUGGGAUUUUUGUGCUAUUUUAGUAGAAGAAGAUCUGAUAUGAUCAAAUCAAAAGGGGGUUAAAAUCAGGCCCUGAGGAACUCCACAGGGAUUUCCAGGGUUUAUUGUGGGGUGAAACCAGGUUGUCCUCCGGCCUGCCAGCUCGUGUUUCGGUUCUACUGGACCGCCAUCACAGCAGCGACACAUGGAGGCGUUUCAAACACUGACCCAGCUAUAAAUACGGUUUUACUGGCAGCAUCUGAAGAUGAAACCUGGGGCUAACGUCGACCCAGAUGUGACGGAGAGGCUUUUAAAGCUGCGUCCCGGCGGAGCGCCGUCGCAGCACACUAACACACUUUACGACACAGUUUGAGCGCCGCGAACACCUGAGCUCCACUUCCUGCUCACGGUGCGGCCGUCCGGCCUCGCCCGCCUCGCCCUCAGAGCCACCUGUUGUUAGUAUUUGCACUGAGCAGACAGACGCUGCCGGGGUUCGAUGAAAAAGCUAUUUUUAUAGGAGCAAAGUGUUCAGAUGUAACUGUGGAACCAAAGAGGCUGUCAUGUUUUUGUUAAGAGGCCUAAACACUGUUCAGGGUUCAAUCAGUCCAUAGAUCAAACUCUUUUCUAUUUUUUACUUAGACAUUAAAUAUGUCCUAUUUUUUCAUCAGAGUACUUAAAUAUUCCUAGUUUGCUUUUUGUUAGCUUGAACUGUUUAGCCUGAAGCGCACGCCAUCGACUUCUGUACAGAUCAUGUAACAUAUCAGCAUUCAGAUAUCUGGUUCUUUGUAAUUGUUGGAAAAUAAAUUUCUUAUUACUUGUAACGAA